AUGGAAAACAUCCUAGAUGGUAAUCCUGAAUUAGAUCUACUAGGGUAUAGUAUCACAGAAGACAGGGAUACAGUACUUCACAUUGGUGUAUAUUCCCAAAGCAUCAAGUUCGUGGAACAUCUAGUCAAACGGAUGACGGAACAACAACUUGCACUUCAAACUAUAUCCGGCCAAACCGCCCUUUAUUGUGCAGCUGGAAUCGGAAAUGUGGAUAUGGCAAGGGCUAUGGUUGAAAAGUAUCCGCAACUGCUGAAAAUCCGUAACAAGCUUAACUUGCUGCCAAUCAGUAAAGCUGCUUUAGCUGGAAGACAUGAUAUGGUUGUUUAUCUCUACGAUAAGUACGUAAGUAUGUCAGAUAGUAAUGACUGGACAUACGAUGACAUACAGGACGUUUUCUGGAGAUGCAUCGAGGCUGAUCUCUUUGAUUGUGCACGAAGAAUAUUGGAUGACCAAAACAACCAAAGAGGAUUCCCUUCAAAAGAGUAUGCACGGGAGAUACUCUACAUAUUGGCUCAAAAGACUUGUGCCUUUAAGGAUAUCAAGUCAUGGAAAAAUUCAAUCAGUUGGGGGCGACCUGCUAUAAAGGAAAGUGUAGCCACAAAAUUACUGAGAGAAAUUUGGAACAACAUCAUGGAAAGGCCGAAUCAUGAAGUUAAUGACAUUCUCGAAGGCCCCAAAGAUAUAGCCGAACCCUACCCUUUGCAAAUACUGUUUGUCGCAGCAGAAACCGGCAACACCAAGUUCUUAGUUGAACUGAUUCGUGGAUAUCCUGAACUUUUGUGGAGGAAAAAUGAUGACAAACAAAAUAUCUUUCACAUUGCAGCCUCUUAUCGUCAUCAUAGGAUCUACAAUCUGUUAUAUGAGAUGGGGUCGGUGCACGAUGUCAUGACUCCGAUGAGAGAUAUUUACGGCAAUAAUAUGUUGCAUUUAGUGGGAAUGAAAGCAAAGAGUCUCCAUGAGGAUGUGUCAGGAGCUGUUUUUCAAAUGCAACGUGAAUUGUUAUGGUUCAAGGAAGUAAGCUCUAAAGUCCCUCCUUACUGUAGAGAAGAGAAGAACAAUGAUGGUCGUAAACCGCUUCAACUAUUCACCGAGAACCACCAAGAUAUGGUAUCCGAAGGUGAGAAGUGGAUGAAAGAAACAGCCAACCAAUGUAUGGUGGUUGCUGCAUUGAUAACCACCGUUGUAUUUUCGGUAGCUUUUACCAUUCCAGGUGGGUAUGACCAAAACAAUGGCUUUCCUGUCUUCCUCAAAAAUGGACCCUUCAAAGCGUUCGUCAUAUUGGAUGCCAUUUCUUUAAUCUUGUCGUCAGCUUCCAUCCUUAUGUUCUUAUCCAUCCUUACUUCUCGUUACGCUCAAGAAGAUUUCCUGAUAUCGUUACCCAAAAAGUUGAUGAUAGGUCUAACAACACUUUUCCUCUCUAUAAUAACCAUGAUGGUUGCCUUCGCCGUCAGCUUCUUCGUGUUAUACCGUAACAAAUUGAUCUCGGUACCGAUUAUCAUCAGUGUAGGAGCUGUAGUACCCAUCUUUCUAUACAUGAAACUGCAGUUUCCUCUUUUGGUGGAUGCGUAUCGCUCAACAUAUGGUAGCAGGUAUCUCUUUAGGCCAAAAAAACGCGUGCUUUACUAUCGUAAUCCAAGGUUCUAA